AUGGCUCAACAAAUUGGUAGCUCGCAAAUGGCCAUUGAAGAUUUUAUAGUCUUCGGUCCCGACAGCGAUCACCGUCGCAAGUCAUCCCUUGUCGCAUCUGAUGACCCCAGGAUACGCCGCCGCAGAUCCGAUUCUCACGACAAGAAUACUGCUUGUUUUGUGCACUCGCUCCUAAAUGGAGAGUGGAACAUACCACACGAAGAAAAUGAAGAAGAUGAUGACGACGAGAUUGCCAGGAGACCAAUGGACUUCGAACCCUCAAACCGGGACAGUGAAUUGAGGGAAUAUGAUCGAGUAGCUGUCGUUGAUUAUGCCAGUCGCCUUCCCGAUCAAAGCGUGCCAACAGUGGUGCAUUCGCGGCACUUGACGAAACGGCAACUCUCAGACAUGGCGUGGAAUGUGCGCAAACUAUCGAAACGUUUGGGCGGUAUCAAGCUCAAGUUGAUGGUCAAGUCCGUCUUUAUAGUGACCAAGGCGCAUGAUGAGUCGCUAAUAAAGUUGACGAGAGACCUUACUCGAUGGCUCCUUUCAAAGGAUAGGGAUGCUCUGUACACUGUGUACGUGGAGCAGCCCUUGGAGCGUCACCCCAAUUUCAACGGUGCACGUUUGGUCGACGAGGCCGAUGAACCGUCGGCGCGUGAUCGUCUGAAGUAUUGGGAUAGCCAGCUUGCAGCAGAUCGCCCACAAACAUUCGACUUUGUGAUUACGCUCGGAGGAGACGGCACAGUUCUAUACACUAGCUGGUUGUUUCAGCGGAUCGUACCCCCCGUCCUAUCAUUUUGUCUUGGCUCCCUUGGAUUUUUAACAAAAUUCGACUUUUCGCAUUAUCAAGACACGAUUACCAAGUCCUUUAGGGAUGGGGUUGCCAUUAGUUUGAGGCUGAGGUUUGAAUGUACAGUUAUGAGGAGCAACCCUCGACGGAAACCAGCUGUUGAUUCUGAGGGCAAUAUCGUUAAAAAGGACCUCGUCGAAGAGCUAGUUGGUGAAGAGAUCGGUGAUACGAUGACCCAUGUGCCAGACAAGGUAUUCCAGAUUUUGAACGAUAUCGUGGUGGACAGAGGACCAAAUCCAACAAUGUCGACGAUUGAAUUAUUCGGAGAUGACGAGCAUUUUACAACUGUUUUGGCAGAUGGCGUGUGUAUAUCUACUCCCACCGGUUCAACUGCCUACAACCUUGCAGCUGGUGGAGCUUUGUCCCAUCCAGAGAACCCCAUUAUCCUAGUCACAGCCAUUUGUGCGCAUACGCUAUCAUUCAGGCCCAUUAUUCUACCAGACACUAUCGUCUUGCGUUUGGGAAUACCGUAUGAUGCCCGCACGAGCUCGUGGGCAAGCUUUGAUGGGCGAGAGAGGCUCGAACUGCAUCCUGGAGACUACGUGACGGUGUCGGCUUCCCGGUACCCCUUUGCGAAUGUGAUGCCUGCAGGGCGACGAAGCGAGGAUUGGGUGGAGAGCAUAUCCAAGACGUUGAAUUGGAACACGAGACAGCGGCAGAAGGCGUUUAGCAAGGACGUAUCUGCGGUUUAG